AUGUAUCUGGAUACAAAAAACUUGACAGCUGGCAGCAGCAACAAUAACACAACAGCAACAACAGUUUUAACGGCGCCCAAAACGGGGCGACGCAUGCGCAAAGUUUGGCAGCCGCUGCGACGACUGCUGACAGUGGGCGGUAAGGGCAGGCCCGCGUCUCAGCCCCAUCCCAACAAUGUGGAUCUCAACAAUACACAAAUGCUGCCGCCGCUGGAGCUGCUGCACGCAGAUGACAACGACAGCAAAAUAACGCCCGAUGAGUCUAUCAACAAGUUCGCCGAGCUGCGCCUGCAGCAGGUGCACGAGGAGCUAACACAGACACCACCACCGCCCAAUACGCCUACGCUGAUCAGCAGCGUCUAUGUGGAGAAGGCCAGCACACAGAGCUGCAAUGCCUGCCAGCAUGGGCGCAACUGUCAGCACACGCAUCACACCACCACCAGCAGCAGUAGCAACAACAAUAGUCACAACCCAACAGAAAAUUUAGUGGCCCAGUCCACGCCCACGUCAACGCCCACGCUGUGGGACCUGCAGCUGCCGCUACAGUACAUUAGCACCGACAACGGCACCUUCUUCUGGGCCAACACCCAGGAGCGCGUCGACGAUGACCUGCUGCACGCCUGGCUCUGUCAAAGCUUUAGCCAAUUGCCCGGCACACUUUGUUAG